AUGACAACGACUACUUUAGAUGACACAACACAAGAUGAUGUUCACAUGACUAGUUACAAUAUUUCCUCGACUUCGGAUAAAAACAUUGAACACAAAGUAUUACCAAUAGAGAACAAAGAACAAAUGCAAGAUGAAACUGAAAAAGAAACGGAACAAGAUGAAGAUGAUUUUCGUGAAGGAGAAGGAGAAGAACAAGAAAAUAAAUCACCUAUUGUUGUUCGGUUAACACCGGAACAAAUGGCUCAAAGACAAGAUACUGAGCUGAAACACAUUGUUUUUGGGAUAGCUGCUUCAUCAAAUUUAUGGAAUACAAGAAAAGAAUACAUCAAAAUAUGGUGGAGACCAAAACAAACAAGAGGUGUUGUUUGGUUAGAUCAAAGAGUGAGUACACAAAGGAACGAAGGGUUACCUGAUAUUCGAAUCUCAGAUGACACUUCUAAAUUUCGGUAUACAAAUCGACAGGGACAAAGGUCAGCAUUGAGGAUAUCAAGGGUUGUGACAGAGACAUUGAAGCUUGGAUUGAAAGAUGUAAGAUGGUUUGUGAUGGGAGAUGAUGAUACUGUUUUUGUUGUUGAUAAUGUUGUUAGAAUUCUUUCAAAGUAUGACCAUAGACAUUUUUAUUAUGUUGGUAGUUCUUCUGAGAGUCAUGUCCAGAAUAUUCAUUUUUCAUAUGCUAUGGCAUAUGGUGGUGGUGGAUUUGCUAUAAGUUAUCCAUUGGCCGUGGAGUUGGCUACGAUGCAAGAUCGUUGUAUUCAGAGGUACCCUGCUUUGUAUGGUAGUGAUGAUAGAAUGCAAGCAUGUAUGGCUGAGUUAGGUGUGCCACUCACAAAGGAAGCUGGAUUUCAUCAGUAUGAUGUGUAUGGAGAUCUAUUAGGCCUUCUAGGUGCACACCCUGUGGCUCCACUAGUGUCAUUACAUCACCUUGAUGUAGUACAACCAAUAUUCCCAAGUAUGUCAAGAGCACAAUCCAUAAAACAUUUAAUGGAAUCCAUCAACCAAGACUCAUCCAGCAUCAUGCAACAAUCAAUAUGCUAUGACAAAAACAGGUUUUGGUCAAUCUCAGUUUCAUGGGGAUUCAUGGUUCAAAUUCUGAGAGGAGUUUUGUCACCGAGAGAACUAGAAAUGCCAUCAAGAACUUUUCUGAAUUGGUAUAGAAGAGCUGAUUAUACUGCAUAUGCAUUCAACACAAGGCCUGUUGCUAAACAUCCUUGUCAAAAGCCCUUUGUUUACUACAUGAGCAAAACUCAUUUUGAUACUGCUUCUAGACAAAUUGUUGGUGUUUAUUCUCGUGACCAAACUAAGAGUCCUUUUUGCCGGUGGAGAAUGGAAUCACCUGAGAAAAUUACUUCCAUCGUUGUCACAAAAAGACGCGAUCCUUUGCGCUGGAAAAAGUCACCAAGGAGGGACUGUUGUAGAGUUCUGCCAUCACGUAAGAGCUCAACUCUAUUCUUAUGGGUAGGCAACUGUCGACAGGGUGAAGUUACUGAAUUGUAG